CUUCUUUUGAUCCUAAACCUCGGGGUGGCAAACACAGGGUUCUUUUAAUUCAGUUCUGUUACAGCUACUAGCGCACGUGAAAUCCAGACUGAAAUCCUCAUCAUCUGACUUGGUUUCCGUGCUCAGAAUUACGCCUAAUCCUAACAGUCAGCCUCCUUCACUAUCAGAGUACAUGAGGAAACUUGUUUAAAUCCUCGCAACUUUAUCAGGUAUCCUACUACAUUAGGACGUUUUGCAGUGACAGGGUGAGAUGAGGCGAACUAGUGUGGAACAUAUUUAAUUUCUGAUAGAUGGUCAGGUAUAUUUACAAAAUAUGUGGUGAAAACAGGUAAGCACUAAUGGAGUCCUCUGUAUUCGUGGGAAGAAUUAAUUGGUGAUUUUUGUUUCAGAGAUUAUUGUGUCUAAUACAAGGAGCACCUUUAUCGUGCUCAUUUCAGCUAAGCAACUAAUUAGCUAAGUUCUGCUCACUAUGUUCACAUGAUGAGGAUUGUCCCUUCAGAAGCCAGAGAAAGAGUGUGAAUGCUCGACGCUAAUCAUGGGAUUGGCUAGGGAGGGCUCGUCUAGGAUGGUUGAGUAAUCUUAGUGUUAGAGGAAUAGUGUCUGUGUUCCAGGAUCUGAUGAGAAUAGUAGUGUAGGCGUCUAUUUCACUUAGUGGCAAGCAUGAGAAUGUAAGUCCACGUGUGGAGUGAAAAUGUUUUACUAUCUUAUGCGGUGUUUUGAUGAUCAUCAUUGACAUUAAAUAUAAUAGGCGUCGUAGCAGGGUAGUGGUGAGGACUUACUUCGUAAUUAGUUAUUGUGAUAUUUAUGCCAAGUGAUUCCAUGUUUUUUAUUGAAUUUGUUUAUUGUCCACUUGGUAUUUUCGUCUAUGUUGAGUUUCUAGGAGUUCACGCAUAAAAAAGUCACUCUUACCAUAGCAUGUAGAACAAAUGCAGAAAAUGAAGAAUAAAGAUUUUGGUGUGAUGCAUAUUCCAUAAUAACUAUUCAUUUUGGCUUUUCUUAAUACCCCAUGCUUUUUCUUAUGCUACUUUACUUAUGCAUUUCAGUCUUCAAAUAUGCUUCUCAAAGAGUAUCGCAUAUGUAUGCCUCUAACAGUUGCUGAAUAUAGAAUAGCUCAGUUGUAUAUGAUUCAGAAAAAGUCUCGUGAAGAGAGUACAGGUCGUGGAAGUGGUGUUGAGAUACUAAAAAAUGAACCUUAUGAAGAUGGACCUGGUGGAAAAGGUCAAUAUACAUUCAAAAUCUAUCAUGUUGGCAGCCACUUACCAGCGUGGAUUCGUAAUAUAUUACCGUCGUCUGCGUUACGCGUAGAAGAAGAGGCUUGGAACGCCUAUCCCUAUACUAGAACAAUUUAUAAGGUGCCAUUUGUAGAGAAACUAGUACUAGAUGUGGAAACAUAUUUUUUUGAUGAUUCUGGAGAACAAGACGAUGUAUUUAAGCUUUCAGAAGAUGAGAAAAAAGCUCGUAUUGUUGAUUUUAUCGAUAUUGUAAAGGAUUCAGUUACUGGGAACGACUAUAAAGUAGAGGAAGAUCCGACUAUUUAUGCGUCAGCAGCAACCGGUCGUGGACCACUAUCUCCAAAUUGGCGUGAAGAAUUCACUCGUGCUCAGAAAAUGAUUCUUGAAACAUAUGAAAGACCACCAACGCGAACACCUGACAAUACACCAGCUACUGAAGUUUUGAAACCGUUGCCUAAGCGGAUUAUGUGUGCAUAUAAACUCUGUCGAGUGGAAUUUCGUUAUUGGGGUACUCAAACACGAGUUGAACAAUUUAUUCAUGAUACUGCACUUCGAAAAACUAUGUUAAGAGCACAUCGACAAGUAUGGGCAUGGCAGGAUGAAUGGUAUGGGCUUACAAUAGAUGAGAUACGUCGUCUAGAAGAGGAAACAGCUCAAGCAUUAGCAACGAAAAUGGCGAUUUCUGAUCAACCUACAAACAUUAAAGAUCAAUUAUCAAAUCAAAUUCAGUCAACAGCGACUACUAGUGCCACUGAAACAAAACCUCAACCUGUUGGAAAUUGUGAACCUGCUGCAGUCUCAACUAAUCCAUCUGAAUCAACAGAAUAUCGUAUUACACAAGAUCCAGAUAAUAUUGCAGAAGAAAACUUAUGGGCUGAUUUCAAGAAAUUAGAAGCAAAUAAUUUGGAGCUGGAUGAUUUUGAACCGUUCACAGUAUCAUUCCCAGAGUCAGACGAUGAUUCUAAAUCCUUUGUUACAUGUUGCAGUGACAUUACUGGAAAUACUGAUUAUGCUACUCCAUUCGCCUCAAAUUUUCAAAGUUUUGAUAAUUCUGACUUAAAGUCGUGCUUUAAUCAAAAACCUAUCUCUUGUUCGCCUGCACUUUCAAGCAAACUAAUACUCAUAUUAGUAGUUCACGGUGGCUGUAUUCUUGAUUCAACCUAUGAUAUGACUACAAAACGUUCAGAUACUUUAACUUUUCGAAAGACAGUUGAAACAGUAACUGCUAAUCACUAUCCAACACUGCAUAACCGCAUAGCUGUGAAACUUGUACCAUGUCCUACUGAAAUUGGUGAAAUAUUCCGUCUGUUUUCCAGGCUGAAAACUACACCAGAUCUUAAUAGACCUAUUGAAAGUCAAUUUUUACGGGAUAUAAUGCCUUUGGGGAGUAUUCCUUUGUUUUUGAUUAAUUCUCCUGGUUAUCAUCAAAUGUUAGAACAACUGACAUUUAAUCUGAACACUCAUUAUGCUGAAUUUCUGCGUUCUCCUGAAGGAUUCGGUUUUUCAGGGACUGUUUGUAUUGUAGCAGAUAGUGUUGGUGCAAUACUAGCACAUGAUCUGUUAAGCAUACCAGUUACAAAUCAUUUGACAAUACCACGUGAUAAUAAUAACAACAGUAAUACCAAUGAUAUUAGUGUGAUGGAUAUUGGAGUAAGACGCUGCCGUGAUCAAUUCACUGUUCAAAAAUUGAAACUAGCAGAUAAGCAAGUGGAAAGUCUAACCAUUAUAAACAGUCCCAGUGAAGUUACCUUAUGCCCUCCUGAUUCAAAAAGUAGUUCAGAAGGUACUGAAGUAUCACCGUCUGUGGAUCGAGAUCAAGAAUCUGAAUCAUACAGUCGCAUGUAUGCUUUAGACUUUCAGGUACAAAAUUUCUUCAUGUUGGGUUCACCAGUUGGUCUAAUCUUGGCCUAUCGUCAUCAACAAAAUCAACUGCCAAGUCUAACACCAUGGCAAUCAGCCAACAAUACAUCAAAUGCUGUUUACCAUUCUUCACAAGAAUUCAGAUUGAUUGUGGAUCAAGCGUAUAAUCUCUUCCAUUUAACUGAUCCAUGUGGUUUCCGUAUUGAACCAUUAUUGGAUAAUCGUUUUACUCAUAUAUCGCCGAUAUUUAUACCCCAGUAUAUACGUUAUCCACUUGGUGAUGGUCAGUCAACAAAUCUAAUUGAAACUCUUGUCCAACAAGCUGAAUUAUUCUCUCCAAAUUAUUCAUCGAAAUACUUUAAUCUCACUGAAAGUCCUAGUGAUUCAAUAAAUUCUGAGAUUAAUGACAGCAUUUCUCCGGUUAAAUUACAACAGAAAGAUCAGAAAUUAAAUUGGGAAAAAAAGUCUUUUAUAGCAUUAGAGACUUUGAAGAAAGUACGACAAUCCUGGUGGGGCCCUAAAAGAGUUGACUACAGUGUCCAUUGUCCAGAAGCAAUUCAAAAUAUCUUGGCUCGUGCAUUACCGCCAAUUUUACAUGCCAGUUACUGGGAAUCAAAAGAUGUAGCCUCCUUCAUUAUAAGACAGCUUCUAGAAACAAUGGGACUUAGUAUUUUAGAAACAGCAUAUUCUGCAGAUAUGGCUGAUGAAAUCGCCGUUACAGAAUUAGCCAAAGUCUCAUUGAAUCCACUGAAGGUAAAAUCACAGACGUACGAUGUGUCUGAGGAUUCCAGUACCCAGAUUUCUCAACAUUCAGGAAAAUCUAGUAAUCAGUCCAAAUUUUCCAAUUUCAGUCAUUCAUUGACUUUAGGACCUCGGAAUUUCUUGAAAAGGACAUCAUCUGAAAGGUUAAAGAACUUUAAACCAAAUCAUCGAGCGAAUGAUGUAAUUGCUACAACUGGCACUCCUGCUCUUAUCACAGGUCGAUUUGUCCUCGGUGGAUUGGAUCUAAUGAGUUUUUCUGGUGAAAAAAUUCGUGUAGAAAUCCAGUCUGUCAGUGGAUCUUGGGCGUAUGUAUGCACAGAAGUCACCGAUUCUUCUGGAAGAUUACGAUUUUUCUUACCAGAGCAGCUUCAUUUACCUGAUGGACUUUAUCCUAUAAAAAUGACACCUGAAUCAGAUCCUGACCACCCUGUAUUGAUUACUUUGGCGGUAGUACCUCCACAGACUGAAGUUGUUGUCUUCAGUGUAGAUGGUAGUUUCGCGGCAAGUUUGUCUCUUAUGGGAAAAGAUCCAAAAGUUUAUCCUGGUGCUGUUGAUGUUGCACGUCAUUGGCAGGGACUAGGAUUUUUAUUAAUCUACUUGUCUGCUCGACCAGAUAUGCAAAGACGUCGAGUAACUAGUUGGAUGGCAAAUCAUAAUUUCCCAUUUGGAUUAACUUUCUUUUUGAAUGGUCUAUACACUGAUCCAUUGAAGCAAAAAGCUCAAAUGUUGAAAACGAUUAUUGAAAAUGCCAAAUUACGAAUUCAUUGUGGCUAUGGUUCUGGUAAAGAUAUUAAUCUAUAUCGUUCUCUCGGUUUAUCUACUCAUAAUGUUUUCUUGAUUGGGAAAGUGUCUCGAUCCCAAGCGUCAAAUGGAACUCCAUUGUUAAAUGGAUAUUCAGCGCAUUUAUCUUCGUUAGUGAACGGUCAUCCUUUGUCUAGACCUGCUGUUGGAGCAAUGAGUGUAGCAGUUCGCUGUUGUCCAUUUGACUUACCUUCUGUGUGUCCUUCUUCACCUUUACUGAAAGAAUCUGAUUUCCUUCGAAAUAAUUCUGCCAAAUUUUCACCUUUAUCAGACAAAACGUUGUCAUCUACUACUACUCUGAAAGAGAAUGAGAACGCCUAA